UUGGAGUCUGACAGAGGGGCUUCGGGACUUGGGGGGCUGGGGAGGCUGGGGGGGGACCCCGGAGAGGAGGGGGACCCCGAAGGAGCAGAGAGAAACGGGGAUUCAGAGGAUGUUUCGCCGUCCCACGGCCGGGAAAAGCCGGACGUUCGGACAACCGGCCCCCGGCCCCCCGGGGCUAAUCCGGCCCCCUCCCUGCCCCUCCUGGCUAUUAGUCUGGAAGGGGAGGAGGAGAAAGGGGAAGAGGGGGAGGUCCGAGAAACAGCCGAGGACGGAGGAGGCCAGAGAGACUGGAGAGGGAAGCCCGAGGAGCCCACUGAGGAGGAGAGGGGCUUCAACGUGGCCACUGAGGACAGGAGGAAGGAGGAAGAGGAGGAGGAGGAGGAGGAGGAAGAGGAGGAUGAGUUUGGGGUGUUCAUGCAGGCCGAGGGAGAGGCAGCCUGGAGCGAAGGGGUUAACAUGGCUGCCUCAGGGCCUUGUGGGAACACAGAGAGAAUCGCUGGAACCGGAGCGCCGCCGCGUCUGGGAUCAGCCUCCGGGGGGUGGAGCUGCCGCUGGACCCCCCCCCGCCCGGCCGACCACAGCUGGACGGCCUUCCCGCUGGACGCCCCCCACGCCGCUCCAGAUGUGGAGCAGUGGUGGCCCACCAGCGCCGCGGAGGCGGGGCCCGACGGGCUGCCGGCCAAUCAGAACCUGAGGUCUGUGUUCGCCGAGGCCUUCCCGCCCCCCCCCGGCCCGUCCUCCGGGGGCCCCCCCGACCCCCCGGACGUUCCCACCCUCAAGCAGCUCCUGAGGAGCGGAGCCGGCCAGGAUCAGGGGCUCUUGGACGGCUUCCAUGACUUGAACAAAAUGAUUGGCCAGAGAUACAGGCGAGCCAGCAGCGCGUCCCGUGACCUCCUGCUGAGGACGCUCCACCUGGAGGCGCCGCCCGCUGACAGCCGGGCGUCUCCCUGGACGGCCCCCCGCCCCCCCUCCCUGGGCCCCCCCUCCCCGGGCCCCCCCUCGGCCAGGCAGCACGCCGCCGCCGCUAAGCGCCGGCUGUCGUACGACCACAACCGGAACGUGACGGAGUGA